GUCUAGGCCUAGUCCUGCCUUCGAUGUAAAUUUGGAAUGAUAACACAAGCAAUUGGGACGAAUUGGACAAAAUCAACACCGUAUGAAGCUACAGUUUUGCUAAGAAUAAGCUGACAAUGAUUUUGUGUUCAUAACUGUGCAAUCUUAAUCGCUGGAAUUGCCAUACACAGGUUGUGAUGGCAUUUUUGUGCAAGUCUUCUGAAAGAAUCUGACAGAAGCUCUCUGUUGAACUCUUGACAUCUCCCCAUUUCCUGGGGGUCGGGUCGUACGUACAUCUCAAAUUUCACUCGGCACCGCUUGCGUGUCUCCCAGACCGUCGUCAUGUCGAGAGGAACCAUGUAUUCUACCGCCUGUGCCGAUUGCGGUGCAUCAGAUCCUGUGUGGGCGUCAAUCAAUCGGGGAGUGUUGAUAUGUGAUGAGUGCUGUAGCGUACAUCGCAGCCUGGGACGUCACAUUUCACAAGUCAAGUCUCUCAAGAAGGGGCAGUGGAGCCCAACACAACAUGCUAUGGUGUAUCAGCUUGCAAAGCAGGGAGCCAACAAUAUAUGGGAACAUGCACUGUUGGACCCAUCACAGAACAAACAUGGCCGUCGGAAACCUAACCCCCGAGAACCAUUACACCCAAACAAAUCUGACUUCAUUCGUGCCAAAUACCAGUUCUUGUCAUUUGUUAACAAGCAUAAAGACAGCGACAUCAGCUCCAUAGAUGAUGUCAGCAAGGAGUUGCAUUCGAGUGUUCGAACAAAUAAUGUGGAGACGUGUCUCAGACUGUUAUCUAAAGGAGCAGAUCCCAACUAUUUUCAUUUGGAGAAGGGUAAUUGUCCCCUUCACAUAGCAGCCCAGGCGAACCAGGCCUCCCAGGUGGAGCUACUUGUGGUGUAUGGAGCUGAUCCCGGGGCCCUGGACCUGGGGGGAAAGACACCCAUUGAUUACGCCAGAGCUGAAGGUCACAAUGACCUAGCUGACAGACUAGUCGAGAUUCAGUAUGAACUGACGGAUAGAUUAGCAUUUUAUGUGUGUGGAAAGAAACCAGAUCAUAGAACAAAUCUUCAUUUUAUUAUCCCAGAAAUGGGAGAUACAAGCUCUGACUUGUCAGAACUUGCUAAACAAGCCAAAAAGAAAUUACAAGCACUGCCGAAUCAUUUAUUUGAAGAACUAGCCAUGGAUGUUUAUGAUGAAGUAGACCGACGUGAGAAUGAUGCCAUUUGGUUGGCGACACACGACAACACAACGUUACUAAGUGACAGACAAACUGUGCCAUUUCUACCUGUGAACCCUGACCUCUCCACAACACGAAAUCAGGGAAGACAAAAACUAGCUCGUUUCAAUGCCAGGGAGUUUGCCACAUUGAUCAUAGACAUCUUGAAUGAUGCAAGGCGGAGACAGACAGGGAUUGCCUCCCCUGUACACACCCCCAAAGAACCAGACAAGUACCUCCAUGCCCGCCUGUCGAAGGGAGUCAGCGCAUUCAGUGACGACGAGCCUCUGUAUGACAGCGUGGCGUCGGACGAGGACUACAGCAGUAUUGAUACUAUAAGCAUUAAGAGUAUGCGAGAAGAGAUGAGGAGAGACAAGCCAGCUGAUGACUCAACACUGAGGCGUCAAACUCCCAUGUCCAUUAUCUCCUUCACUGAGAGCACGACAUCGGAACAUGUGGAGGCCCCAGUCACAGCCGACGAGUACCUGGAGGUGAAGCGGGCAUUGGCGAUGUCGGAGACAAAGGUGCAGCGGCUAGCUCAGGCCAAACACGACCUUGAGAAAAGGGUCAAUAUUCUACAGAGCACGAUCGACAGCUUGAUCAAGGAGAACAGUGCCCUGAAGAGCAUCAACAUGCAGAGGAGGAAUGAAGCUCAGGUCCUGCAGAACGGCUACGAGGCCAGCAAGGAGAAUAACUCUGCUAACCCUGAGUAUGACUCACUGGAUGAGAAACUGCCACAACGGCCUGUGCGGGAUAUGCGGCCACAGUCGAUGUUUGAGCCCAGAACAUCGUUACAAAAGAGUCAGUCACGAGAAGAUCAACUUCAAACCUGUCUGUCUGAAGCCAACAUCCGUUAUGAUGGAGAGAGGCUGGGUGACAAGGAACUAUCGUUACCGAGUGAACCAAUUGAUCCUGAUGUCGCUAACGCCAACAUCGUCCCAGAUCCUGACUAUGAUAUGCCCAAUGAUGAGGAUGUAGCCUGUGCCUCUUCGCGACCGUGUUCGGAGAUGACUGAUUCCAUGUCGUCACAAGGUGCCACACCUAAAGCUACAGCAUUCGCCUCAGUCACGCUGUCGAAGGAAGAUCUAGCCCAACUUCCAACACAGGAAGACGUUGUAAAGAAGACUGAAAAAAUAACCAAGAAAAUCCAGGAAUUAUUAUUAACAGCACAAGCAAACAACGCCGAGUGCUAUGGACCAUGCUCUGACAAGAUAUAUUCUGCUGUGGUGGACAUGGCGGAAAUAUUUCCACAGCCUGUGAGGCCUGACACGGUGAAUGCAGCCUUACAACUUCUCACCAUGAGUGCCGCUCGGCUCCAAGAAGAGUGCCGCAAGUGCGCUCAGCAAGAGCCAGACUCGGAGGUGGAAGCAGCUCACAAAACACAGCUAAUCAUUCAGUUCGCAUAUGACAUUGCUAAAGCGGCUAAACAACUUGUGACUCUCUUUCAGUGAGAAAUGCACACAGAGCUUGUUUUUUGCUUCUGCAGAAAAGAUGACUAUCUCCCAAACCAGGUUGAUUUCUCAUUUCAAAGCAACACGAAAGUGGACUUGCAACUUCUAAAAUGGCAUGCAUGACUUGUUAGUGGGGUACCUUUUGUGCGACUUGUGAUAGAGGUAGAGACGGAAGAUGCAUGGAGAGACUUUGAUGGACUUUGGGAGGUGAUGUUCAUCAAGAUGUACUACAUAUUUCCUACCCAGCAUGAAGUGUUCCCAAGAGGGACAGCAUGGUUGACCCGUCUCGCUGAAUGAUGCAUGAUCUGAUGGACAGGACGUGAGGCUUGAGUUGGAUGACAUUUGUGCACAAUUGAUUGUCUUGAGCAUUGCUGUCAGGUUUUAGAAUCAUACAUUGCAUGCAGCGUGUUUUGUUGCUUUCAUCAGUUUCAUGGGGUUGAUACACAACAGUGAGAAUUCACGUCAUGUCAUUGAAGCAUUUUACAUUACUAUAACACCAGCUGACAGUUUAACUGGAUUAUCUUGUCAAGUUAAGAUGCGUGACAAAUGAGGUUUGGUCGGAAAUUGUUUGUGGAUACUCCUCUACAUGGAGAUAGCAUUCAUUAAUCUCCGAUCCGCCUGUUGCUUAUUGAUGAGCAUAUGCAAAUGCUUUUGUUCCCAAAGCAAAACCGUUCAACCAAAAUUGUAAUUGUCUUCGGAACGUGCAAUCUAGUAGUUUAUUUAUCAAUGGGACAUGGAUAUUUGUCAGCACAUUUUUAUAUAUCAAGUCACAAUAUUUUCCUUGCACUAGAUUUCGCUUGUGUGAGUUAAUGUUUCUUGCUGAGAAGAAGAAUGUGUUCUUCAGUGAUCAAAGGGAGAUAACUAUGUAAAGGGGGAUAACUCUCAUACUUUAUCUGUUGAAUCUAUAGAAAUAGUUCAGGUCAUUGGAAGCGUCUGAACCAACAGUGAAAUGAAACCAUUCAGGGUCACUGGACAAUGACAUUCACUCCCAAAUGACAAGGAUCAUUACAAUGACUUGCCUUUUUGAGCUUCAUAUCAUCAGUGUCACCUGUGUGUGUAGUGAUUUCUAAUGUCCCCAGUGUUGUAACAUAUUGUUUAAGCUUUACUUUGAAGCAGCCAUUUACAAAUAUCUAAUCAAACGAAAUUCCCGGGUUCAUGUAUAGUCAAAAGAAUCAUCACCAUUUCUGUUUGACAGUGUACUUAAGAACAUAAUACAGUGCUUUGUGUAAAGUCUUGAUAUCAACAUUAUUAACAUUCAUGAAAAUGAUCAAACAAUUUGCAAACAAUCAUGUCAUGUAAAUUCUUUAUCAUGCCAAUGUCAUUGCUGGACCAAAUAUUGAUUAAGUCAUUGCUCAAUUCUAUUUUCUUAAACAAUUCCUUGUAAAUCAGUAUCUGAUAAAAUACACCGACCCAUGCAUACCAGUAAUAUAUGAAGUAUCAAUGAAACUAGAUGUUAACUUUCCAAGACCUCUGUAUGUGAUACUGUUAUACCCACUGAUAGAUAUAUCCUGCUAAUGGGCUGUCCAAAGUUAAGUCUUCUGUUAUUGUGUUGGAAACUAACCUAGCUUUGUCCUGUAUGUCUGUCUUUCAUGAAUAUGUGCACAAUAUAUAAGCCCAGGAAGCAGUAAUAUGUAUGCAGUUGGAACCUCAAACUUUAUUAUCACACGUGUGAGUCUUUCAAGGAGUUGAAAACUUGCAGUUGUAUACCUUCUAAAAGAAACAAGUGACGUUCAUUAUUUGUCUUGUUUAUCUCAAGACUUUUCCAGCAAUACCUCCGUUGACAUCUCCCUUAACUUUGGAUCUUCGGAUGGAGUGACAGAGGGCAUGGUUUCGGAUAGAAUGAUGCUCUGGGACACUGAGUGUUAUCCCAAAUGACUAAAGCUUCUUUUCAUUAUUGGCAAUGAUGCAGAAGAAUGUCCUAUCAAAGUUUGUUAAGAUCAUAAAAAAAUGGUACAAUUGUUGGACAUUUCACUCAGUGUAGCAGCUCAGUAGUGCAAGCAUAUUUUUCUUGCAAGAUGAUCUUGGUUCAGUUCCCUAUGGGCACAUGGUGUGAGUACUAUUGAUACUUGCUGUCUCAACAUGCACAUACUUUGGUUGGUUUCAAAAUUUGAAGUAAUCUUGUCCAGUUGAGGUAACCCUGAAUCCAACGUCUGUCCGAUAUUCUUUCAUGAUCCUCUUCACAGAAUCUAUAGUUGCACAAUAUGGGACACCAUGUCAAGUGCCCUGAGGUAUUGCUGGAAACCUUGAGAUAUGAGAAAACUGAUGACACGACUGAGACAGGUUCACUCCUCAUCACUGCAAGCACAGCUCUCACGUUGCAAUGGGGGGUGUUGUGGUUCUGACACUGCUUGGAGGGGCUAGAUAUUACAUGAUGUGGGGAGUCCUGCAACAGUGCUAAGUCUCAUCUUUAAUGUUGUGCCAAUUUUGUAUUUAUUUGUACUUAGAAAUCUUGUACCAUAUCUCUAUGCAUAUAUCACAUGCAUUUUAAACUGUACAAAAUCUGGGGUUACAAAUUCACCAGCUAUUGUCUCUUCUUAUUCAGUGAAGGGGUAGGUUUAAAUAAUGGGUUAAAUAACAGUGUUUUGGGGGGACAUGUUCUUGUCUGAUGAUGGGGACAUGUUCUUGUCUGAUGUUCCUAUCUGACAGGGAAGCGCUCGUCUGAUGAUCGUUUAAUGUUCUUGUCUGACGAUGACAUGUUCUCGUCUGAUGAUGGGGACAUGUUCUUGUCUGAUGACAUGUUCUUGUCUGAUGAUGGGGACAUGUUCUUGUCUGAUGAUGGGGAUGUGUUCUUGUCUGAUGAUGGGGACAUGUUCUUGUCUGAUGAUGGGGACGUGUUCUUGUCUGAUGAUGGGGAUGUGUUCUUGUCUGAUGAUGGGGACAUGUUCUUGCCUGAUGAUGGGGACAUGUUCUUGUCUGAUGAUGGGGACAUGUUCUUGUCUGAUGAUGGGGAUGUGUUCUUGCCUGAUGAUGGGGACAUGUUCUUGUCUGAUGAUGGGGACAUGUUCUUGUCUGAUGAUGGGGACAUGUUCUUGUCUGAUGUUGGGGACGUGUUCUUGCCUGAUGAUGGGGACGUGUUCUUGUCUGAUGAUAGGGACGUGUUCUUGCCUGAUGAUGGGGACGUGUUCUUGCCUGAUGAUGGGGACAUGUUCUUGCCUGAUGAUGGGGACAUGUUCUUGUCUGAUGUUCGGGACGUGUUCUUGCCUGAUGAUAGGGACAUGUUCUUGUCUGAUGAUCGUGAAAUGUUCUUGUCUGAUGAUGGGGACAUGUUCUUGCCUGAUGAUGGGGACAUGUUCUUGCCUGAUGAUGGGGACGUGUUCUUGCCUGAUGAUGGGGACAUGUUCUUGUCUGAUGAUGGGGACAUGUUCUUGUCUGAUGAUGGGGAUGUGUUCUUGCCUGAUGAUGGGGACAUGUUCUUGCCUGAUGAUGGGGACGUUCUUGUCUGAUGAUGGGGAUGUGUUCUUGCCUGAUGGGGACAUGUUCUUGUCUGAUGAUGGGGACAUGUUCUUGUCUGAUGAUGGGGACAUGUUCUUGUCUGAUGAUGGGGACGUAUUCUUGUCUGAUGAUGGGGAAAAGUGUGUUCAGAGGAAACACUUCGACUUUUGUAGCUCUGUGUUUUAGAGGUUACCUAAUAGUGUCGAGUUAAAGUUUCUAGAUCAGAAGGAUGAUGUUUGAUGUCAGUUUUAUCAUCCAUACAGUCAUAAAUACAGCUGGUUUAUGACAGAUACGUGUCUAAGUGGUAUUCAUCAGGAAACAUUUCAGGAAUAGACCACAAGUAACAAACCAGGUACAUAAGGCAGUCUUACAGUUAUGACUUCAACAAGUUUGACAAGUUACAAAAAGGCUAAUACUGCAAUCAUGCUGCUGAGAAGUAAUAACAGUUGUAAAGCUAUGAUGGUUGUCAUGUGCAAUCAGUUCAUUACAUGAGUUUCAUUGAUGACCGACAUUUAGUAUAAUUUUCUGGUAGUAACAUUAACCAUAAUGAAUGUUGUUGCGUUACUGUCAAAAGACAUCAUAUCAGACCUUCACAAACCAGUAAAUCUGUCUGGGCCCCAUUUCACAAAACGAUCGCAGCGCUAAGAUGAUCGUAACUCCCCUACUUUAACAUAACUUAUGACAGUAGAAGCGCUAAGAUGAUCAUAACUCCCAUACUUCAACAUUGACUUAGACAGUCGUACUGCAAGGUGAUCGUAACUCCAAUACUUAGACAUUGAAUUACAACAGUUGUAGCGCUAAGAUGAUCAUAACUCCCAUACUUCAACAUUGACUUACAACAGUCGUACUGCUAAGGUAAUCGUAACUCCCAUACUUUAACAUUGACUUACGACAGUCGUAGCACUGUGCCCAUUUCCACCCCACCUUCACACCCACCAUGAGACAGAUUCUGGAUAUGAUCCUACUCUCGAGAUGAAACUGUUGUCAGUUUAGUUUACAACAUUGUAUUUACGGAAUUAACCAUUGUAUAUACACAUGUUCAUAAUGAUCAGUUUUCUCUCAUCCUUUAAUAUUGAGCUAAAUCCAUUCAACGAUGAUGAUUUGCUUGCAACUGCUGGAGUGCACAGCAAGCACCUGCCUGUAGUUUGUGAUACUCAGUAGACACCUAGUGCAAAUCUACAUGUAAUGUGCUUUGUAUUUAUAAUAUUGGAAGUCAUACAUGGUGGGAGGGGACGUGGAUCACACGGAAACUGACAUGAAAAUGAUGUGUCAAAUUGACAAGUAUUGAUUGCAGAAUACUUAGAUGUCACUACAAAUAUGUUUGACAUUGAUACCAGUGUAAUUUGAAAUGUACAUGAGAUUUAUGAAUAGCAGGGCAAACUUUUAUGUCACUUUUUAAAUAACUGGUACCUCAACAGGCCAUCAUUUACAAAGGUACUACAUUGUGUGUCAGUUACAUGGAGAAUAGUAUAGUUGUUCAAUAUGCCCAAUACGAUUGCUUUUAGAACAGAUAAGUUUCAAUCCGAGAAGGUUGUAUGUUUUUCUUUAUUUCUUCAGGUUGUUAAAAACAGAUUAUCACAGAUUGUUUUUUAUGGUCACAGAAAUUAGAUUUCAAUCUAAUGCUUACCUCACUCUUUUUGUAACCCUUUGUUUGAUGCAUGUCAUCGAUCCCGGUUGCGUGGAUCGAUGCUCAUGAUGUCAAUCACUGGAUUGUCUGGUCCAGACUCAGUUAUUUACAGACAGCUGUCAUACAGCUGCAAUAUUGCAGUGUUAAACAACAAACCAACAACCAUUUUGUAACCAGUUGAAAAAAUGACAUUAAUAAUUUUCUUUUUAAUUUCAUGUAAUUGUAACCACAAUUUCUUCUUUAAGUCAGAUACUACUGACUAUGUUAUGUUAAGAUGAAUAGGUCAUCAGUGUAAAUAACUAUGUUUAUGUCUUUAUUUUCCUGUGGCCUAAAUGGCAUGUAGAAGACUAAACUAGUUUGAAAUGUUGUCAAGCACAGGGCAGGAAUCUCCCCAUCAGUUCAUCAAGUGUGAUCCAUGUCACUGCCCUGCUUGUGUAUUUCUGGAUAUUGUGCAUGUGUCAAGUGCAAUGUCAUAUCUUGUGAUGUCAAUAGCAGAAUGCAUGGUGUAUGUAGCUUCACUCUCAACAAAUCAAACUCUUGUACUGUUUCAGAUGAUGCACAUUUGAUCAGCCUAGACAUGUACUGAUAACUUCAACAGAUAUGUAAAAAAACAUAGUAUUUCUACUACCUUUGAGAUAUUAGCAUUUAUGGUCUGUGAUGCUGAAGUUAUUUGGUUUGAACACGAUGUUGGUGUUUUUGGACUCUGUGACUGUGAAGCUAGAUAACACUGUGCCUCAAUUAGAAUCUAAGGCGUGAAAGCAACAGCAUGAAGAUAGCAUGUUUGUUAUAUUUUGUCCCGUUUCCCUGUAUAUUUCUACUGUGUUGUUCAAGUUACUGUAGAGAAUAUGAUUUUGUUGAAUUGAUGUGUAAACUAAAUAAAACAAGCAUAACAUUU